AUGGCCACGGUUAAAGACUCAGUCCCACACAUUAUUCGGACAGCGGAGGAUCCUCGAGAGAAGGGCGUCUGGACAGCACGCCUGAGUCAAUAUGUAGACCUCUACAUCCCCAACAUCGACGUGGUCGGCGGCUUCACUAUAACUUCACCGCCACAGUCAGCGGGCCACAACCAAAAUGACCCGCACAUUGAACUGGCCAUCCAGUCUUCGCCUGGGAACCCACCAGCGGCAUACCUUUGGCGACCAGUGCCAGAAAUACUCGAUUCGACCGUCACGUUCCGGAUAGGUGGAAAUUUCGCCUAUCCACCACUAACACUGGGUCGAGAACAAUGUGAGAACAUCGAAAGAGCAGUCUUCAUCGCUGGCGGAGUAGGGAUCAACCCAAUCAUGAGCAUGAUCUCCGCAAUGAAUGAGCUGGGAACAAAAAGCAAGCUCGGUGGUAUGGUGAAAACAGUAAGAGUGUUGUAUUCCGCCAGAAGAGAACGGAACGAACAGGGGAAGGGAGAGGAAAUUCUCUUCGAAAAGAGGUUGAAGGAUAUUGCUGAGAAAUGGGGGGACGAUAAAGAUGUGGAUUAUAGAUAUACAUUGUUUGAGACUGGUGGGAGACAAGCUCAAGAGGAGAAAGCUGCUGAUAACAUGACGACCCGAUUUCGACGCAUGAACCACGAUGACCUUCUUGAAGCUGUCGGACCGGAGAACACCCGUGGCCACACGGUUGUCUAUGUCUGUGGACUUCCUACGAUGACCGACGAAUUCGUCGAAUUGUUGAGAAAGACACCCGGGCUGAAUGAGAAGAGGGUGCUUUGCGAGAAGUGGUGGUAA